GCGCACACACACCUCAUUUUAGCGCCUGAAGAAGCUUGGACCGGAAACGCUCGGGGCGCUGUAAAACACGCUGUGAAGGAAACAAGCAAUAUUUGCUGAAAACGGUAUUUAAAAGUGUGCUGCUGGAUAGCCAGGGCUCUCAUCUGAGACGGCCCUGAAUUAAUUUUUUUUUGUUCUUCUUCUUCUUCUUUUCUUCAUUCCUCUCCUGUCCCGGCUCAGCACACGCCUCUCUGCGGGCUUUGCCUCGAGAGCGUUUGUGACUUUGCACAGCGAGAAAGGGGCGUCGCGUGCGUUCAUGCGGUUUAAUUCUAAGAAAUAACGGCAAUAAAAUCACACAAAAGAAACACAGGCUGAUCGGGACGCUGCGUACGCGGAGGCUUCUGAGGACUCGCAGUCACAUUCAGAGAAGCGCCAGGACAACAGUGCUUACAUGGACGGAUUGCGUUUCGGCUUUCCAGAGCAGGAAUGAAGCUCUCUCUCAUCCCAUUUUUGAUGUCUUGGAUGGUGGGAGGACUGUACAACGAAUGCAGGUGACAAAUGAACGCAGAACCUAACUGUUUUCCCCGGACAAAGACAUGCAAGCAGCAGGACAUGUGCACAAAGCGCAGGUGGAUCUGAUGAACAGAUGCGUUUGGGUUAUGCGAAUAUGGUUCCACGAUCGGACAUUUUUAUUUUACGAAAACGAAUAAAAGCACACAUUCUGUGAUGCAUUUCAUUCUAUAUUAUUUCUGCAUGUAUUGCUGUGUUUAUAAAAAGCAUGCUUGGUGUGCCAGAAUAGCCCCAAGUACUCCAAGCAUUCUGAUAGGAGGAAUUUUAUGGACUGCAGCCAGACAAUUGAACAUCACUUCCUUCUGAAAGCCGAUAUCCCCGCCAAACUUUAAUUUAUUAUACUGGCCUUUUAUUCCUUGCACUCCACACGACCAUGCCAGACGACCACUACGCAGCUCAAGCCCUCUACAUAGGCAUGGAGGUGCUGAUCGCCGUGUCCUCGGUGAUCGGAAACGUGAUGGUGAUUUGGGCGGUUAAAAUAAACCGGUCACUGAGAGACACAACUUUCUGGUUCAUUGUAUCUCUGGCUGUGGCCGACAUCGCGGUGGGAGCUCUCGUCAUCCCGCUCGCCAUCACCAUCAGUAUCGGACUCCAGACUCACUUCUACAGCUGUUUGCUGGUGGCGUGCACAGUGCUGGUGCUCACUCAGAGCUCCAUCCUCGCCCUGCUCGCCAUCGCCAUUGACCGAUACCUCAGAGUAAAGAUCCCGACCAGUUACAAACGAGUGGUCACUCCAAGACGAGUGGGAUUAGCGGUGGUCGCAUGCUGGGCAGUAGCCUUCAUAGUUGGCAUGACUCCUAUGCUCGGCUGGAACAAGUUACACAACCUCGAGCAACAAAAUGGCUCACUCAGCAGUGACCUGAUCAUCACCUGCCAGUUUGAGAACGUCAUCAGUAUGGAAUACAUGGUUUACUUCAAUUUUUUCGGCUGGGUGCUGCCACCGCUGCUCCUUAUGCUUGGCAUCUACACGGAGAUCUUCUACAUGAUUCACAAGCAGUUGAACAAGAAGGUGAGCACAAGCCACACUGACCCAAACAAGUACUACGAUAAAGAAUUGAAGCUGGCAAAGUCACUCGCCCUUGUCCUGUUCCUGUUUGCUGUCAGUUGGCUCCCGCUUCAUAUUCUGAACUGCAUCACACUCUUCUGCCCUAAGUGUGAGAAACCCAUAUUGCUCCUCUAUAUCGCCAUCUUACUUACUCAUGGCAACUCAGCAGUGAACCCUAUCGUCUAUGCUUUCCGCAUUAAAAAGUUUCGCACCGCGUUCCAAAGGAUCUGGAAGCAGUAUUUCUGCUGUAAGGAGGCUUCUCCCAUUGAAAUGCAAAUGAGUGAACGACUGGAUAAGGAUAAUUACAGCCACGCUCCUCAGACUGCGUUUCACGUGGAUCACAAUAACAUUUAACUGGAAGACCAUGGACCUACUGAGCAGGCUGGCAUUCUGCCACAUAUGAAUAUAAUAUGAAUGUAAAUCAUAUGCUGACUGCAGCUGUCAGAAUGUGCCCCCAUUCUGCAAAUCAGUCAGUUAAACAUUAUUGUUCCACUGGCAUGGACAAAGGGAAGGGAAAUUUAGAUCAUGAAGAAGGGGAGUACGAUGUGUUGUACACGAAAUCAAAAAUGUUUUAUACUUGUAAAAAUGUUUACUGGGUGAUAAAAGGUAUGUAGAGUCAAACCACAGGGGAAGUAUCAGACAAGUUAAAAAAAAAAAAAUCCACACUGGUUUAUUUGCACUAUUGUGCUAUCCAAAA